AUGCCUUUACCGGCAGAAUUAGCCGUACGGUUAUCUAAAAGAGGAAUUUUAACUCCACAAACUCCGAGUUACGAAAAUUCCACACAAGAAGAGGUAAUAGCCGAAGAUUAUGACGACAAAAAAGGGUCUAAUACGGUGAAAAACCAUCUCGAAGAGGAAUCAGUUCAAUAUACACAGGAAGAAAUUCAGUAUAAAAUUAAAGGAUAUCCUGGUUGCCCGAACAAAUACAAUAUUUAUCAUGAAUGCACGGCGUACUGUAAGGAAAAAUACGGAAAUGGAAAACUUACACCUGACCCCAAGUACCUGUAUUUGAAAAAUAAAAUGCUCCUUAAAUAUCCAUUACCAGAAGGCUGGCAAGAAGUUUAUGAUCCUGGAACUGGAAGGCAUUAUUAUUGGGAUUAUAAAAGCGAUGCAGUCAGUUGGCUUCCUCCAGGUCAUCCGAAACACGUUCCAUCUGAACCCGCUGCUGUAGCAAGGGAAGAAGUGAGACUUGCAGAAACAGAUGAUGAGAGUGAAAGUGAAGAAAAUAGCGAUGAAGAAAGUGGAGCAACUGAUAGGGAUAAAAAACAAGUUAGAAUUGAAAGACACAGAGCUAGAGGGAGAUCUAAAGUCAAAGAAAAUGAUCUUGAUCCAAUGGAUCCAGCUUCUUAUUCUGACAUACCUAGAGGGAAAUGGUCUUCUGGAUUAUUGUCAGAUACCAAAACAGGAGUUGAUUCAACUGUUGCUGGGCCUCUUUAUCAACAAAGACCAUAUCCUAGUCCAGGGGAUAUACUUAGAAAAAAUAAAGGCAAGCAUUCACAAAAAUUGACCACAGUUUCCUUUCCAGAAUUGCCCCCCUCAUAA